AUGGCACUGAAAAGAAUAACGAAGGAGCUACAAGACUUGAAUAAAGACCCCCCCACGAAUUGCUCCGCGGGGCCAAUUGGAGAUGACCUCUUUUUUUGGCAAGCGACGAUAAUGGGACCAGGGGACAGUCCCUACGAAAACGGUGUAUACUUCCUGAACAUAAAAUUCCCCCCCGAUUAUCCCUUCAAGCCUCCCAAGAUCAUCUUCACCACGAAAAUAUAUCACCCCAAUAUAAACACGUCGGGCGCCAUUUGCCUUGACAUCCUGAAGGACCAAUGGAGUCCCGCGCUAACCAUUUCGAAAGUCCUCCUGUCCAUAUCGUCGUUAUUAACUGACCCCAAUGCAGACGACCCGCUCGUGCCCGAAAUCGCCCACGUCUACAAAACAGACAGAACCAAAUACCAUCAAACUGCAAAAGCCUGGACGCAGAAAUAUGCCCAAUGA